CUGUAACGACGCGGCAGCGCGCAGCUUUUCGCCGGGCGGGAUUUCCGCAAUAUCAAGUAUGGCGAAGACGUACGAUUAUUUGUUUAAGUUACUGCUAAUCGGAGACUCCGGUGUCGGGAAGACCUGCGUGCUGUUCAGGUUUUCAGAGGAUGCUUUUAACUCGACAUUCAUCUCCACCAUAGGCAUUGACUUUAAGAUUAGAACGAUAGAGCUAGACAACAAGAAGAUAAAGUUACAGAUAUGGGACACAGCAGGGCAGGAGCGAUUUCGAACAAUCACAACAGCAUACUACAGAGGCGCGAUGGGUAUCAUGCUAGUCUAUGACAUCACCAACGAGAAGUCCUUCGAAAACAUAAAGAACUGGAUACGGAAUAUAGAGGAGCAUGCAUCGGCUGAUGUUGAAAAGAUGGUCCUCGGUAACAAAUGUGACAUCAAUGACAAACGGCAGGUGUCCAAAGACCGGGGAGAGAAGCUGGCGCUGGAGUACGGUAUUAAGUUCAUGGAGACUAGUGCAAAGGCCAACAUCAACGUGGAAAACUCGUUUUUGACACUUGCCAGAGACAUCAAAUCAAAGAUGGACACAAAAUUGGAGGGCAGCAGUCCUCAGGGGAGCAGCCACAAGGUGAAGAUCUCUCAGCCCCAGAAGAAGAGCAGCUUCUUCCGCUGUGCCCUACUGUGAGGACCAGACCAUGGGUGUAUACCAAAUGGCCCACUAUUCCAUAUAUAGUCUGCUAUGUUUGACCAGGGCCCAUAGAACUCUAGUCAAAAGGAGUGCACUGUGUAGGGAAUAGGGUGCCAUUUGGGAUGCAUACCAAAGGCCUUACCUACCCUCCGCCUGCCCUGGCUGGGAUAUGCUGGGGUGCUGGCUGGACACAACUGGACUGUGCUUGCUCCCAGCACCCCCCCUCUCCUUCUACCCUAUUCCCUUCAGCCAGUCCCAAUUCACUCCCUGCCUCUUCCCCUCGGCCCUAACCCUUAGAUGUUUGUGUAUCUGAAGUGUUUGAAUAGAUACAUGCAGUUGUUUACACCUUGCAUAUACAGUGAGCUCCAGAAGUAUUGGGACAGUGACACGUGUGUUUUUUUUGGCUCUGUACUCCAGCACUUUGUGCAUCUGUCAUUUCUUUUCACUCGUCAUUAUUCACGAUUCAUUCGGGAUUAUCCGUAACCAUGGUAGCAUCCACAUUUAAUGUAGAUGUGUUAAGAAACAAUUCUAUUAUUAUUUACAAUAAAAGUGACUGAAAAAUAGCACAUUAACAAACAGCAAAUGCAUCCAACAAAUUUGUAGAAUCACAAGCUUGACGUAGUCAUUGUGUGCUAUGACAAUGUGACGAAAUACUUUUAAUUACGUUAAUACAUAAGUGAAUUUGUCCCAAUACUUUAGUUCCCCUAACAUGGGGUGGGACUAUGUACAAAAAAAGUGCUGUAAUUUCUAAACGGUUCACCCAACAUUGAAAAUACCCUCAAAUUAAAUCUGACAGUCUGCACUGGAGUACCGAACCUAAACAGCCAAAAAUGUGUCACUGUCCCGAUACUUUUGGAGCUCGCUGUUUGUGAACAUCGAAGACUUGGGACCAAUGGUAAUUGGUAAGGAGAGAAUUAGGACAAGUUGCCUCUCUUGCUCUCGCUCCCUCACUGUCCACCUCUCCCAACGUCACGCCCUGGGGUAGCUGGAGUACGGUAACCGCGACUCCAUCCACAAUGGCCCUGUGACACCUGGUAAUGCUGCUGUCCUUCCUGCGGCACACCAACCUCCUGUUUUCUCUCACCAUGGGUCGGACAGACACACCAACCUCCUGUUUUCUCUCACCACGGGUCGGACAGACAGACCAACCUCCUGUUUUCUCUCACCAUGGGUCGGACAGACACACACAACUCCUGUUUUCUCUCACCAUGGGUCGGACAGACACACCAACCGGUGGAAACACCACUUGUUUUUGUUUUUUUUAAGAAGGUUCAAAUGACAUGUCACACAGAAAAGAUGUGCUCUUCUUCCUGUUUCACACUAGUCUCUAUGUACAUACAUUUUUCACACGCAGCCACCUGGCUCCACACCUGCCAAAGUUGGAGCCCCGUUUACUUUUCAGUUCGAACCGCUUGAAUGACCCAAAGGUUUGGGAUUGGGAACAUGAUGCGUGGAUGUUUAGAUACUAUUUGUAGGCCUCUCUACCCAUAGCCACAUUGUUAACAUGAGCCAGAGACUGAUAAGCUUAUUUUUUGAUGAAACAGAGUUUUUAAAUGAAUAUAAUAUGACUUGAAGAUUCACAAUCCUUCAGGAAAGAUUGAUCGCUAAAUAUUUUAAUUACGCAGACUAAAAGAAUUCAAUUGAAUGAUAUUCUGUUUUGUUUACAUUCCAAGAUAAUAAUUUGAUGCUAUUCUAUACAUGAGGCUUGCAAUAGGCCUCUCUUCCUGGACAAAGUUAUUGUACUGAAAUGUUUGACUUGUUUACUGCCAGUCCCAGAUGUUGUCUUGAGAACAAACACACAGCCUCUUAACCAUAGUGCUGCAGCACCACCUGAAAAAUUUGAAUAUAAAAAUAUAUUUUUUUACAUGCAUACAGCACCAGUCAAAAUUUUGGACACCUACUUAUUCAAGGGUUUUUUCAUUAUUUGUGCUCUUUCUUUCUACAUUGUAGAAUAAUAGUGAAGACAUCAAAAUUCCAUGUGUUAUUUCAUAGUUCUGUAGUAACCAACUUUUUUUUGAAACAGAUCAACAUAUAUUUUAGAUUCUUCAAAGUAGCAACCCUUUUGCCUUGAUGACAGCUUUGCACACUGUUGGGAUUCUCUCAACCAGCUUCACCUGGAAUGCUUUUCCAACAGUCUUGAAGGAAAAGUACUAAGCACAUGUUGGCUGCUUUCUUUCACUUUGUGGUCCAACUCAUCCCAAACCAUCUCAAUUGGGUGAUUGUGGAGGCCAGGUAAUCUGAUGCAGCACUCCCAUCACUCUCCUUCUUGGUCAAAUAGCCCUUACACAGCCUGGAGGUCUGUUGGGUCAUUGUCCUGUUGAAAAACAAAUUAAAGUCCCACUAAGCCCAAUCCAGUUGGGAUGGUGUAUCUCUACAGAAUGCUGUGGUAGCCAUGCUGGAUAAGAGUGCCUUGAAUUGUAAAUAAAUCGGAUAAAGGACAGAUUUCCACCAGUCUGAUGUCCAUUGCUCGUGUUUCUUGGCCCAAGCAAGUCUCUUCUUCUUGUUGGUGUCCUUUAGUAGUGGUUUCUUUGCAGAAAUUUGACCAUGAAGGCCUGAUUCUCGCAGUCUCCUCUGAACAGUUGAUGUUGAGAUGUCUUUUAAUUGAACCCUGAAGCAUUUAUUUGGGCUGCAGUCUGAGGUGCAGUUAUUCUAAUGAACGUAUCCUCUGCAGCAGAGGGAACUCUGGGUCUUCCUGGGGAACUCAUUUCAUUUCCUGUGGCGGUCCUCGUGAGAGCCAGUUUCAUCAUAGCGCUUGAUGGUUUUUACGACUACAUAUGAAGAAACUUUUCUGACUUGACUGACCUUCAUGUAAUGAUGGACUGUCUUUUCUCUUUACUUAUUUGAGCUGUUCUUGCCAUAAUAAUGACUUUGCCCUAUUUGUUAAAAGACCAUCUUCUGUGUACCACCCCUACCUUGUCACAGCACAACUGAUUGGCGCAAAUACAUGAAGAAGGAAAUUAUUUCCACAGAUUAUCUUUUAACAAGGCACACCUGUUAAUUGAGGCUUGUUGAGAGAAUGCAAAGAGUGUGCAAAGCUGUCAUCAAGGCAAAGGGUGGCUACUUUGAAGAAUCUAAAAUACAUUCUGAUUUAACAAUUUUUUUGGUUACUACAUGAUUCCAUAUGUGCUAUUUCAUAGUUUUGAUGACUUCACUAUUAUUCUACGAUGUAAAAAAAAUUAUAAGAUGAAAAACCCUGGAAUAAGUAGGUGUGUCCAGACUUUUGACUGGUACUGUGUGUAUGUGUGUGUGUGUGUAUUCACAAGUGUACAGCACUGGGCCUUAAAUAGUAUUUUAUUAGCUUUCCGCGGCUAUGCUCUUAACACGAGGCCUGAGGCUACUUUUUCUACUCUAGAACAUUCUUGUGUGAAAUCUGUUGAAAUGUGGCCCAAUGGAGCAGGGCUAUUUAAUUCUUACCCUAUGAAGUCCGGAGCCUGCUGGUUUUCCGUUCUACCUGAUAGUUAAUUGCACCUACCUGGUGUCCCAGGUCUAAAUCAGUCCCUGAUUUAGAGGUGACAAUGAGAAAAUGCAGUGGAACUGAUGUCGCAGGUCUAAAUCAGUCCCUGAUUAGAGAGGGAACAAUGAAACAAUGCAGUGGAACUGAUGUCCCAGGUCUAAAUCCGUCCCUGAUUAGAGAGGGAACAAUGAAACAAUGCAGUGGAACUGAUGUCCCAGGUCUAAAUCAGUCCCUGAUUUAGAGGUGACAAUGAGAAAAUGCAGUGGAACUGGUUUCGAGAUUCAGAGUUGAGUUUGAGGCCAAUAGAGCGUUGACACGUAGCCAACCUGAGCUUUGGUUCCUGGUAGUGGAGAGACGGACUGAUUAGUGUCUGAAAUGGCACUCCAUUCUCUAGUGCACUACUUUUGACCAGAGCCCUAUGGGACCUGGUCAAAACGAGUGCACUGUAUAGAAAUUAGGGUGCCAUUUCGAAAGCAGCGAUAGUGGGUUUUUAAAAAAAAUCUUCGGUCAAGUUACAGCAACAACAUCCAUUUAUAAGCUCAUGUUUAUUCCCAGCUAUAUGACGUCUCUGGUAGUUAGCUAGUGAAACACUCAGCCUUUUCAUUCUAAACUGGAGUGGCUGUCUGCUAGUACAAACAUCCAUGUUACAAUGUGGACGGACAAACAGAUCCAAUCCAUCCCUUUGCACUUUACCAGUAAACCUGUGUGUUGUGUGUAGUCUGUGCCAAGUGAUAGUUUUGCAAUAUAGAACAAGCAUAUUUUUGUCCAUUUUAAUUGAAUGACAUGAUCUGGUAAUGUUUGGUAGAUACUCUGGGCACGUGUUAGAUGAGUGUUGUUUAUUACGCCUGUAUUAUGCCUUUAUAAAUGGCUUCCUCUCCGUUGAUACUUCUGAUAUGACUUGUGUUCUAUGGUUCAGGUCCUUUGGUCACAAAUGUCUCUGAAUAUUAAUGCUGACCUAGGAUGAUAAGGUUGUCUUAUUCGUUAUGAUUUAAAGACAAAACUGAUCCUAGAUCAGUAUCCUGCUCUGAGACGCUUUAAGAACACAGGCCCUGGUAUCAGUUUUUAGUAAAAAGGGUUUUUAGUUGUAUGCUACUGCCCUGACAAAUUUGAGUAUAAUCUAAAUGUGACAUUCUCUUGGCUUAUGAAGUCAAGCUAAAACGUCAUCAAGGUCUUGUGAGUCUUGGUUUCAUGUGGUCGUGUCUGUCUUUUUUUGGUCAGUACCUUGUUCGACAGCUAGGUGGCAGCACAUCACCACCACCAGCUGUUUAUAACAUUGGAAUAAUAUGCAUUGAAAGAAAUGUCCUUAGUUAUGAAUUGAAAAAUCCAUUGAAAAGCAGUGUGAUAUUUUAGAAUAUGUUUCGGAAGUGCUAGGAUAAAAUGGUGUGUAUAUGUGAUAGACACACCUAGCAUCGCUUGUGUCCUAUGUUGAUACAGUGUUUAACCAUUGAGUCCUCUUACUCCCAACACUUCCCAGUUUGUCCCUUCCUGUUCUAUUAAAUGUCUGUGUUUUGAAGAGUUUAAAAAAAAAAUGCCUGAGUUCCAGUCUGUUUGUGUUAUAAUACCAACUCCUUGUCACUCAUCGUCCUGUUUAGCGUGACAAUGAAGUUGGCAGGGGCACAAACAGAUCUGGGACCAGGCUAAAACAAUGAAAAUACAUGCACAACAUUGACAGGAGGGCUCCUUUAAACUAGCCUUCCCCUUUUUCGAUAUCUACUGUACUGGGACCUACUGCUGCACCUGCCUCUCAACCACGUCUUAAUAAUAACUAAUACUCUUCCCGGUUUGGACCUCGCCUGGUCCCAGAUCUGUUUGUGCUAGUUUUCCAUCCAAUUGGGGACAGAUUUCCAUGUGAAUUUUGUUUAAAAAAAUGUGCAUAAAAACAAUACACACAUUUUCCCACCA